AGCUAAGCGAAACUUUCAAACGGCCUGUCGCUGUCGUCAUUUCCCUAAUAUAAAACGGAAACUGGCAAGUCCACGAAAUAGAGAAAAGCGGAGAGAGGCGAUGCUUUGACGAAUAAAUAAUCAAAUAACCUAACAGAAAUACGAAGGAUCUGUUUUCAGUUGCUUGCUUUUAUAAAGCGCUGUCGACGAAAGACGCCCAACAAUGUCUGCCCAAGCUCAAAUGAGAGCGUUGCUCGACCAGCUAAUGGGAACAGCGAGGGACGGUUCAGUGUAUCUUUGCCAGCCUACAACAAUCUGCAAAGGAGUUGCAGAAAAGCCUCAUGUUCAUCGAGCCGGGAUGAGACGCGACAGAGGGUCAAGUACGCUGAUGAGCGAGUCUGCAAAAGUCAUCUUCUAAACUGCUGUCCACAUGACAUCCUGUCUGGAACUCGUAUGGACCUGGGAGAGUGCACGAAGAUCCAUGACCUGGCACUUCGGGCAGAUUAUGAAAUCGCUUCCAAGGACAAAGAUCUGUUCUUUGAGCUUGAUGCGGUGGAUCACCUGGAGUCCUUCAUUGCCGACUGUGACCGGAGGACAGAAUUGGCCAAGAAGCGCCUGGCUGAGACUCAAGAAGAGAUCAGUGCUGAGGUGGCAGCAAAGGCAGAGAAAGUUCAUGAGCUGAAUGAAGAAAUAGGGAAGCUCCUGGCCAAGGCUGAGCAGCUUGGAGCAGAGGGCAACGUUGACGAGGCCCAGAAGGUCCUGCAGGAAGUCGAGAAGGUUCGCACUAAGAAGAAGGAUGCAGAGGAAGAGUACAGAAACUCCAUGCCAGCCUCCAGCUUUCAGCAACAGAAGCUGCGGGUGUGCGAGGUGUGCUCUGCUUACCUUGGUCUCCAUGACAAUGACCGUCGUUUGGCUGACCAUUUUGGUGGGAAGCUUCAUCUGGGCUUCAUCCAGAUCAGAGAGAAACUGGACCAACUAAAGAAAACUGUGGUCGAAAAGCAGGAGAUAAGGAACCAGGAGCGCUUAAAGAGACGAGAAGAGAGGGAGAAAGAGGAAAAGUUAAAGAAGAGGACCAGAUCACGGAGCAAAGAGCAAAAAAGAUCCCGCUCUCGUGACCGUAGAAGGAGGCGCUCGCGCUCCACAUCCCGAGACAAGCGCCGGUCCCGCUCUCGCUCCAGGGAGAGGAAGAGAAGGCAUCGCAGCCGAUCCCGCAGUAGAGGACACCGUCACAACCACGAGCAGAGCUCCAGACACAAGUCGUCCAGGGACCAGGAGCACUCAUCCAGAGACAGGUCACGGGAGCGGGACAGGCGGGACGGUAUGAACGGCAGGUCAGACUCCCGCCGGGCAGACGACAGGGACAUGGGGGACCUCUGAGGACCAUUCAUCAUGACACACAGCCUCCUCCUGUCUCUCUCACCUGUCUGUCCAUUUAUAAUAACCUAAUGUCACACACAGUCCUUGCCUUGACCCAUUUGUUCUCCCGCCUGCGUCCUUUCUUUGCUUUAACAGUUCAUGCAACCGACCCAGAGUGUACACAUACCUGAAAUAUUGUAUAGUAUCCAGUUAUAUCAGAAGAUUUCGUUUGGAUCGGGGAGUUAGUUAUUGAUCAGUAGUGGAGUGUAUUGUAAUACCCACAUCGGUGACUUGGUGGCUGUCUGUAUGCAACACACACACCUUCUUAUAAACUACCCCGCAAUGUUUCCAACUGAUGGAGCAAACGUAAACAGAUGGUCUGCUGGACUGAAGCAUAAAGUGUUACGAAUCCAUAUAAUUUUAUUAACUGAUAGUCUUUUGAUACCGAAUUUGUCAGAAUAUCUUAUAUCUGAAUAUGUUUUGGGCUGACUGAUUGUUGUCUGAAGAGCCUCGUCCUAUCAAUACCUUUUUAAUUUUUUCGUCUCCUGAAGAUUUCUUUUCACCCACUCCUGAUGAACUGCAGGAGUGCAGUACUGAAUAUCUGGCCACAUUUUCCUUCUUAUUUUUGGUCCUGUUCGCCAAAGCCCAGUUAAAGAUUUCGGAACCCAAUUUAAAACCAAAAGGUUAAACUUGUGAAUAUUAGUAUGGUAUCGAUCUUGUGUUUCCCAUUGGCCCCUUUUUCUCUUUUUAGCUAAUCAAGCUUUAUCUUAUACUGCUGGUAGUGAAACGAUUCUACUUGAUUUUGUUUGGCCAGUAUUAGUAAAUACUUGUUUUGAAUUGUAUUGGUGGCAAGGUUCUUGUUUUAUAAUUUGUUUCCUUCUGGAUUUCUUUUAUUUAAGAUAAAUUGUAACUUCAAAGUUUGUGUCGGCAUGUGAAGCAGUAGGUUCAGAAAUGAUACAUUGGAAAUCCAAUGCCAUAACUGUACAUACCUUUGUUGGUCCAAUUUGGACAAAUUCCUCUGAAUAGAUUUAUAAUUGAAAACGGAUUUUAAUGGAUGCAUUGCUUUACCUAAUGUGUGAAGUCAUAUCUGUUCAUGUUCUGCUGGAAAUCUUUCUUUAAAGUCUCAAUAAAAAUCACCAUUUCAAUUUC